CCCCCCCCCGUGAGCCCUCUGGAGCCCGGAGCGUGACAGGAGCCCCAUGCGCGCGGGCUGAGGCAUCGCCCCUCCCCGGGCCCCGGCCCUGGCUGCUGGGUGUAUGGCCCCCUCGUCCCUGACCAUGAAUCCCGGUGGCCAGAGGGGACCCGGCCCGGCGGCCGACAGCAGCCGAAGCAGCGGCCCCGGGACCGAAGAAACGGGCCCAGGAGCCGAGCCCUCGCUGUCGCUCUCGCCGUCACCGCGGGGCGCUGGGCAGCGUUCAGGCCCCGGCCCGCUGCCGUUCAGCGUGGAGUCGCUGCUGGUGUUGGAGCGCAGACCCGCGCGGGUGGCCCGGGCCCCCGAGGCGCGCGCCGGCCCGGGCCACGGCCACAGCCACAGCCACAGUCCGGGCCAGAGCAGGGGCGGCCGCUACGCGCCCGACGCAGGACAGGAGGCGGCGGCAGCCGGGGCUGCUGCGGAACCCCGCAUGGAGGCGGCGGCUGCAGCUGCCGGGGAGAGCCCCCGGGGGGACGCGGAGCCCGGAGCCUGGUUCCCCUCCGCCACCUACUCGUCUCCUCCUCAGCCCCCCAGUCCCCCACCGUGCACACUCCGAAAACACAAGAACAAUCGAAAGCCUCGGACGCCCUUUACAACGGCGCAACUGUUGGCCUUAGAACGAAAAUUCCGGCAGAAACAGUACCUGUCCAUCGCGGAACGAGCAGAGUUCUCCAGUUCUCUGAGCCUCACGGAGACACAGGUCAAGAUUUGGUUUCAGAAUCGAAGGGCGAAAGCCAAGAGACUACAGGAAGCCGAGUUAGAGAAACUGAAGCUAGCGGCCAAGCCCCUUUUGCCUUCUUUUGCCCUGCCCUUCCCUUUGGGGGCUCACCUGCAGGGUUCACCUACUCUGUAUGGAGCCUCCAGCACCUUUCCCCGGGGUACCCUGCAGCCAGUGCCGGGGCUUUUUACAACCCCGGUCACCUACGGCAUGUACUACCUGUCCUAGGGGGCACUAGUUUACUUAUAUAACCCCAAACUCAAGUCCAAAGACUUGGCGAGCCUGAAGCCCUUCAGAAAGCCUUAGGCCUAAACCUGAGAUCUGGAUGCCCGGGAAGGAGCUAGAGAUAUGUAUGGGCCAACCAAUAUGUCUUAAUCUAUGAUUGGGAGAAAUAACCCUGUAGUGGGUAAAAGUUCUGUGUAAAGAAUUGCUUGAGAGUGGAACCUUUGGCUGGUAUCAGUAUACUGAAUAGAAUCCCGAACCUGGGUUUGUUUUUUGUUUUUUGUUUUUUUGGCAUUCUCUCCAGAAACAGGGGAAAGGGGUGGGGAGGAACCUCUAAAUCCAAGGUUUUAGGUUCCCAGAAAAGAACUGUCCUGGAUUUACUCAGAGGAAUUUAUGGAGAUAUCCUUGGAUUUUUUUUUUUUUUUUUUACACCAGCCUCUGAAGCGACCUAAAUUGUUAGUAAUCUGAAGUGAGUACGGUCAAAAUCAGGCAGUGAAGGACCUCUUCCUGAUCAAUAUAAAGGAAGGCAGCCUAUGGAAGUCAUCUUGGAUUUGCUUUUCGAUGUAAAUCUGUGAAAGUAAGAUCCCCUAGGACUAUAAGUUCAGAUUUCCGCCAGUCUCCACAGCUCAGUGCCCGGAGCAGCAGGCUUUUGUAACUCUCCAACCUUUUGAGUUUCUUUUUCUUUUUUGAUUAAUAUGAGUUGCAUUUGAGGUCAGAAAUCUGCUUGGCAGUGCCUCUUACAGAUAUUUAAAAGAUGUAUUUUUAAAAGUCGUGUGCAUAUCAGAAUUAAGGAAACUGUUUACGGAAAGACAAUGUACAUAGUUUUUGUACAGUGGCCUCGGAUGGACUGGAAUAAAAUGUCCUAUUUUGUACAAAGCAGUCAAUAAAAUAUUCUAAGUUUAAUCCAUUGA